UCAGUCUUGGUGGCCCGGGGGCCGCACGUUAACUCCCUUCAGCGCCGCACGGGCUCUCCGGUCACGCGAGGGGAAUUUUGCCAUCUGGAGAGACACGCGCUUGGCCAUGUGCGAGUUUCUACUACACGGGGCGGAGGAUGCCUGUCCGCCUUGUGUGGGCGGCGCGUCACGCCUGUGGACUGCGUGGAGGAAACGCGAAGGGGCUGAGCGGUCAAGUUUUAGGACGCCGGCAGGGAAGCCACUUCUUGACAGAUAUGACUCUCUUCCCCAGUUCCUCGUGCGGUUGGAAGCAUUUCCAACUGCGAUUUUCCACAGUGUCAGGUCUGAGCGUGUCCGAGAUCCAGAGGGAAGAGUUGGCGGCUGCCUGGGUCACUCCUGCAUUGGAAAGGAUUCUGAGAGACAUGAAGAAAGCCCCCAGAAAUGAAAUUGACAGCCUCAUGGCCUUUUGUUGACUGUCUCGAAGCUGUACUGCUCCACUGCCUUGAAAUGACACCGUGCACGAUGUCUGCCGAGGUUAUCCAUCAGGUCGAAGAGGCACUUGACAAAGACGAGAAGGAGAUGCUUCUUUUUUUGUGCCGGGAUGUUGCUACAGACGUGGUUCCGCCGAAUGUCAGGGAGCUUCUGGACAUUUUAAGUGAGAGAGGAAAGCUGUCUGCCCCGGGUUUGGCCGAGCUGCUCUACAGAGUGAGGCGCUUUGACCUGCUCAAGCGGAUCUUGAAGACAGACAAAGCGGCCGUGGAGAGCCUCCUGCUCAGGCGCCCGCACCUUAUUUCGGACUAUAGUUUCUUGGAUCUUGUGGUUGAAUUGGAGAAACUAAAUCUGGUUGCUCCAGAUCAGCUGGAUUUAUUAGAAAAAUGCCUGAAGAACAUUCACAGAAUAGACCUGAAGACAAAAAUCCAGAAGUAUAAGCAGUCUGCUCAAGAAGCAGGGACAAGUUAUAAGAAUGCUCUCCAAGGGUCUGUGACAAACUUGAGUCUCAAGGAUCCUUCCUAUAACCUCAGGGUGAGUCUGGAGCAAAUGUGUGGAAUCCCAGCAUGAAACAGUC